CUGAGGACGCCAUGUGCUUUUUUUGAGGCAGAGUCGCUUGUCUGAACAGUCUCGGCUGUGACCAACCUUGGCUGCUUUUUGAAGGGUAACACCGGGACUUGAGGACUCCAGCCACCGCCCCGCUAGCAUGUACUGCACCAGACGCUGCCUCCGAACGGCGCUGCGGGCCGCGGCGAGCAUCCACCGGCAACAGCUUCAGCAGCAGACACCGGCGCUGUGUGCGCUUCGACUCCUCAAAACCAGCACCGCCUCGCCCUCAGAAGCCCUCGCCACCCCUCCGUUUGACGGCUCCACGAAACAGUACUCCCCCAAAAUCCAGCAGCUUGUAAACGACAUAGCCAGCCUCACUUUGUUAGAAGUUUCGGACCUAAAUGAGCUCCUCAAGAAAACUUUGAACAUUCAAGAUGUUGGAAUGAUGCCGAUGGGGGCGAUGGCUGCAUCAGCUGCUCCUGGAGCUCAGGCCGUAGAAGAUGAAGCACCCGUCAAGAAGGAGCAGACUCACUUCACCGUCAAGCUAACGGAAGUCAACGCGGCCGAGAAAGUCAAACUCAUAAAGGAGGUGAAGAACUGCAUCCAAGGCUUGAACCUGGUGCAGGCCAAGAAACUUGUAGAAUCUCUUCCCCAGGAGAUCCGUGCCAACGUUUCCAAAGAGGAGGCGGAGAAACUGAAAGCGGCGUUGCAGGCGGCAGGCGGCACAGUGGUGUUGGAGUAAACGCCUCCCGUCCGUCUUCGCCGCCCGUGCACACGGUUCGUUUUAAUUUUGUACGCAACAAAGAUGAUGACGAUGGAAAAACGGCCUUCCCCACAUUCACAGUGUCUCAUCGGAGAGCCGGGGUGGAAACAAGUCAGACUGAACUUUUUACCAGGAACCUCCCAGACGCCCCCGGCAGUGCUCGCUGCUGUGUGUGUCUCAUCGUACAUGUGUAGAUACACAUGCUGUGUGUAUGUUCACUCUUCAAUGAACAGAAAGCCAUGUUGGGUGGGGGGGAAACAGACGUAUAUUCAGGGAAUGGCUGACUUCUUGUGUUGCUUAAGGAAUUGUUGGAUAUACGAUUAAAAAAAAAACAACAAAAAAGCGGA